ACCAGUGAGUGAUGGAUCAGUGGAAAGGUAAGGUUGCUAUAGUGACAGGGGCCAGUGCAGGUAUAGGGGCUGCUAUAGCUCAGGCUCUGGUCCAUCAUGGGAUGGUCGUGGUGGGGCUGGCCAGGAGGCAGGAGAAGAUGCAGGCUAUUGCUGACGAACUUGCCAAAGCCAACGAGCCUGGGAAGCUCUACGCUGUGAAGGUGGACUUGAAGAGCGAAGAGGAUAUCCUGGCUGCGUUCGAGUGGGUGGAUAAAGAACUCGGAGGAGCUGACGUGCUUGUGAACAACGCUGCGUAUCUCAAAGCAAGUUUUUUGAAAGAUGGAAAGUCGGAGGACUGGAGAAGUAUGAUCGACAUCAACGUGUUGUCAGUUUGCAUUUGCACCAGAGAGUACCUCAAGUCUAUGGAGAGACGGCAGAACCAACACGGGCACAUCUUCAUCAUCAACAGUGUUGCAGGACAUUCUGUAGAGGUAUCCAUAGCCGGAGUGUACUGCGGGACUAAGCACGCGGUUAGAGCCAUCUCACAGUGCUUGAGAAGAGAACUGGCUGACAAAAACAGCACCAUCAAAGUUACUACCAUCAGUCCUGGUUUGACGAAGACGGAGGCAACGUUGAGACACCUGGCACAUUUGGGACUGCAGAAGGCUCUGGAAGUGACUGACGUAACCCAGGCUCUCGUCGAUGUCCUUACGUCGUCUCCGGUCACUCAGAUAUGUGAAGUGAUACUGACUCCAAUCCCAAAUAUGUCAGUGUAUUGAGGAGGAAGACUACACCCAUCUUCAUUGUUAGUUUCAAUGUUAAGAGGAUCUUGAAAAAUAAAAAAUCACAGUGCGUUUG